CUCGACGGGCCGCUGGGGGGGGUGGGGGGCACGGAGGUGGCAGCAGUGGGAGGAGGCGCGGCGCGAGGCUCCGGAGCUCACGUCCCGGCCGGUCCCCCGUCCUGCAGCGCUCCGAGAGGCCAGAGCGGCCGGAUGGGCCGCUGAGGCCGCGGCGGGGAGCGCGUGGAGCCCCCUGGAGCUGGGAUCAGGAUGUUCCGCUUCAUGAGGGACGUGGAGCCCGAGGAUCCCAUGUUCCUGAUGGACCCCUUUGCCAUUCACCGACAGCACAUGAGUCGGAUGUUGUCGGCCGGUUUCGGCUAUAGCCCCUUCCUCAGCGUCACGGAUGGCAGCAUGCCCGGGGCCCGGCCUCCCAGCCGCCGCAUGCAGGCUGUCACCCCCUUCGGCAUGCUGGGAAUGUCCGGCGGCGGCUUCAUGGACAUGUUCGGGAUGAUGACCGACAUGAUCGGCAACAUGGAGCAGUUGACGGCUGGCGGCAACUGCCAGACCUUCUCCUCGUCCACUGUCAUCUCCUACUCCAACACGGGGGACGGAGCCCCCAAGGUCUACCAGGAGACGUCGGAGAUGCGCUCUGCACCAGGCGGGAUCCGGGAGACUCGGAGAACUGUCCGCGACUCGGACAGCGGCCUGGAGCAGAUGUCCAUCGGCCACCACAUCCGAGACCGGGCUCACAUCCUGCAGCGCUCCCGGAACCACCGCACGGGCGACCAGGAGGAGCGGCAGGACUACAUCAACCUGGACGAGAGUGAGUCCGCAGCCUUCGAUGAUGAGUGGCGGAGGGAGACGUCCCGAUUCCGGCAGCAGCGCCCCCUGGAAUUUCGCCGGCACGAGGCCCCUGGGGGUGGGGGCCGGAGGGCCGAGGGGCCGCCCCGCCUGGCCAUACAGGGACCUGAGGACUCCCCCUCCCGACAGUCCCGGCGCUACGACUGGUGAGGGCCCGGCGCCCUUGGCCUCUCCUGUACAGGCUUGAGAGGCCGAGAAAACAUCCCUUGAAAUCACUUUGUCCCCUCCCACUCCCGGUCCCGGUUUAAUAUUAAAUUAACAGGCAAGCCGCCCCCCCCCCCCCCCGUUGCCCCCUG